GAAUUUGUAUGACAUGUAGAAUGUUCCCUUUGUUCCCUUGUCCGCUUUGUUGCCAUGUACAUUAUCUUGUAAACUCUAUAAAGUCUGUUCUUCCCGUUGUUGUCUUUCCCCACAUUCUUUCGUUCAUCCACAAUGCGCUUCUCCUUCGUCGUCGUCGCUCUUUCAGCCGCUUUCUCUACCGCGUAUGCGGCAAUGAUUGCUCGUCAAAACAGCCUUCCUAACUGCGCUGUUCCGUGUCUGGCUAAUGCUGACUACGGCAACUGUUCUUCCACCGACGACAGCUGUCUUUGCCAUAGCACGGCUUUCAUUAACAGCACCACGACCUGUAUUCAGGCGUCGUGUACCGGCUCUGACCUCACAAAUGCCGAAGCGUCUUCCCAAGAACUCUGUGCCGCAGUGGGUGUGACUUUGUCUACUUCCGCCACGGCUACCUCAUCAUCCAAAGCUACCACCACGGCCACCUCCACGCCCUCAUCUUCGUCCAACGCUGCGUCAUCGAAUACCAUUAAUGUGCUCACUGGUGCAGCGGCCUUUGCCCUCCUGGCAGCAUCACUAUAAACGGUUGCAGGAAUUACCAGUCCAUCUUGUUAUUUAUUCUUUCGCAUUCUUUGCGCACUGGACUUUAGAAUCACUGUUGCGACGUUUCGAAGGUUGAGCAUUAACACACGCUUACCUGAUUUAUUUCAUUCGUUAUCUUGCAUAUGGUGUUCCCCGACUCGAAAGAGGAGGGACUUAUGGGGUUAUGUAGCAAUCUAUGUAGUUGAACUGCGUCUUCAAUAUACAUGGACGGCACGUUAGGUGACUUAUUUGAAUUUGUGUGUACAAGCGCCCAUCAUCUUACUCGCCUCCGACGGGCCGACGCAAUUUGAAGUUGAACUUGCG